AUGCAAGGAUGCGACCCACCUGCGCAGGCAGCAGAUUUGACAUCUGCCCCAACAAGCCCACGCUCCAGCCUUCAAGAACGUGCGUUUGUGGAGUCCAUCGAGCCGGACGAGGGCCGUCCACAUGGCACAGCCAUCUUGGAGAAGCUUCAGCAGAUCCUGGAGAAGUAUGGAACUGUUGGUACCUACUUGGUACAGCGGCAUGCUGAGCCAGGUGAAGCCAAAGACUUCUUGGCGCGGUUGCAUGACCUUGGCCGAGAAGACCUGCCUUUUCAUGCUUUGCAAGCAACCUUGCCAAGCACUCCAGCCAGCGCAGGCCCACAGGCCAGAGACACACUUCGCCUUCCUCUGGGUGCGUUUUCAUACGCACUGGAGUGCAGCAGCAAGCCAGAUGCUGACAACAACUUGGUGAUGCAGCUGGCCGAAUCCAUUUGGCAACAUGGCUUCACAUCAGCAGAGCAGCCCUUGUUGGUGACUCAGUCUGCAGAGCUUCUGAAAUGUGCCUCUGAGGGGGAGAGGAACUGCCCAGCACCAUGGUGGAAGGAUGGCAGCUUGAAGCCGCAUUGUGUGGGAUUCAUCAAGGGCAAGGCCAGGCUCCACAGCCUGCUUGCAGUUCUGCGGCUUGUGUGGGACUGCUCCAUGAAGCUGGAGGAGGUCAACCCCUUGCUGGCAGCCAGUGUGAAGAGCAUCUAUGUGCAAUGUGUGUCACACUCCUCCAAGCGAGACGAAAUCCUCCACAACUUCCGGAUGAGUGUGCAGGGGUCACUGCGCAAGGGGCCAUCGGUGGUCUGCUGGGUGCAGAGCCUGCAAAACCUGGUCAAAGCUGGUGAAUCUGACAUUGAGUCAGUCAUCCGGAAGCACAACAGCGACAACCCGAAACAUGGCCAACUUCUGGGAGCCAAGGCAGUGGCUGUGCGGAACCUGCUGACCUCAAUGCCAAGCACUGCCCUUCAGGCGGUCAUCAGCCAUGUCCAGAGCUUGGGUUGGGCUCAGUGCUGCUUCUCAGAUGACUGCUUGGGAAGCAAAAAGCUCCUUCCCAACUUUCAGUUUCGCAGCCAAGCCAGCCAGAAGUGGAACAAGUGGCUGAAAACCACUGAAGCUUCCAGUGUUUUGUGCUUGCAGCACGCAGUGGCUUCAUUCACUUUGCGGCCAGAAGUGGCCCGGCGCAAGUGGUCCAAGGCUGAGCUGGAGACCAUGGCUGAGCAGGCAGCAUUCGUCACAGCCAUUGCCAGAGAGGCUCAGAAUGAGUGCCCUUUGGAUGAUGCAAAAUUGCAAGCAGAAUGGCUGGACCCGUGGGUCCAAGGUGAUCAUGCUGUUCAAUUGGAGGUGACCUGUGUUCUGGGCCAGAAGGAUCCACAGCUCACACCACGAGGGGUGAAGCAGUUGCGCGAGCUGCCCCUUGAUCAGCUGGAAGCGCACGCUGCUGAGAUGCCCUUGCCAAGUGCAACUGCUGGGUCUAACACUGUGGAGCGCACCAACCUAGAGGCUGAGGCCUUUGAGCUGUUGAAGAAGCGCAUCGAGUACGACUUGCAGUGUGUCCGUGUCUUCAAAGCCCGGACAGCCACACAUGAGAGCACCAUAUACCACCAGCAGCUCAUGCACCGCAAGCAUGCGAUGGAGGUGAGCCACACGGCGGCCACAUCCUUCAUGAGUGCCAACGUGGCCAUCCUGCACAGCCUCCGAGUUGAUGAGGUUCUGCGCGAAAUCAGCCAGGUGGAGGCACAGUUCUGUCGAUCACAUGGUGUGCUCAAGGUCCAUGUCAUAGUCCUCAACUGGGCGGCAGUGUGCCGAAUCAAGGACAGCAGCCAGGCCCGCCAGAGCGAGCUGGCGGGCAUCCUCCUGAACGGAGGUAGCCCCAGCAUCGGGAUCCUCCUCCUCCCCGAAUUCACCUACAAACGAGGUUUGCUCUUCGAGCAGGAGUACAGCUGUGUGCAACUCCUCUCUCAGAAGGGCAUCAACCUUGACCGUGGCCUGGUCUUGCAGUUUCAGACCAGAAAAGACUCACGGGAUUCAAGGCCAUUGAACUACCGUGGCAGGAUCCUCCAAGGCCUCAACAACACAGACACAGACUGGGCAUUCCGUGCCUCUGCGCUGGUGCGAGACGGCCGAACUGCCCCUGCAGAACAGCUUGCAGCAAACAGCAUGGUCUAUGCUGAAGAUGUGGAUCCGGAGGCUCUGCCCAAGCAGACAGACCCGGAUGGUUUGGUGUCCGGCUCCAAGAAGACCGAGCAAAUUGGGACUGAUGCUCACUUGAAGUUGCUGGACGCUGCUUUGGAUGGGCUGGUCUUGGAGGGCAAGUCAGGGUUGGUCCUGGUGGACCUUCACAUUGGUGUGGCUGACAGCCUGGAUGCGUGGCUGAAAAAGCGUGGUGGUGUCAACAGCAGCACCCUCUACAUAGGCAUCACCGACGAGCCAGUGGUACGGGACUGGGUCAUCAAAACCAAGACCGACUCUAUUGCGCAGGCACACAUGAAGGGUGAGUUCAAGAUCCCAGGGUGCCAGCCAGCUCCAGCUGAGGCUCCAGCAGACAUGAUUCACAGCGCGCCCAAGGCCCCAGCUCUCAAUGUUCUGCUUCUCAGUGGCAAGACACCCGUCAUCCCUGACACAAUGCAACACACAAUGCAGGAGUGGGGAACACAUAACUUGUAUGGCGACGACUUUCGCCAGCUGGCCGAUAAGAUCAUCGAAGAGUUCGGACAAGCAGAUGAGCGUGCAGCAGCUGCAACAGAAAGUAAUCCAGCUCCAGGCCGGAAGCGUGCUGCAGCAGCUGCAGAGUUACACCCAGCUGCUGCCAAGAAGGUCAAGGCAGAGCACAUCAUUCCCAUGGACAAGCUGCCAGCUGGCAGUGUGCUCAUGGAUUGCCCGCUCAUCAAUCAGAAAGCACCCAAGGUGACGUUGCAGCUCAAGGCGGGCCACAAGGCCUAUGUGAUUAAUGCUGGAGACGAGGAUGCCAAGUUGAGUGCUGGCUUGGUGCUGGCUGCAUUUGGCCGGGGUGCUUACAAGCACAGGCAGCCCAAUGAAACCUGGAAUCGGGCCAAGGAGCCACUCUUUGAUCUGGUGCCUGGGUCGUACGUGCUUCAGGGCCAAAAGCUGGUCGCAGUGCAGGACCUGGUGAAUGCCCAGCGCAAGAAGCAGCCAGGGUGUCAGGUGUGCUAUCACACUUUGGCAGACUCACCUUCCCCGAAAACCCAGCAGAAUGGUCACUGCAGCGAAAGAAUGAUGUGGCUUUUGUGCCAGCUGGCAAGGCUGCUGCAGAAGAGGAGGGGGGAGCAGAGGGUGGCGUUGGCUCCUUGGUGA